CCCCUCCAAAACCACAGCCCCGAUACUGAAGAUUCUUAACCCCUGCAGAUAUUUUCUUACAGUCCCAACCCCGAGCUUCGACCAUGCCCAUGACCCUCACUACCUCCUCUUCUUCUUCUUAUGCCAAUCUCAUAAACCCCUUCUCCAACUUCCCCCGAAUUCCCAGCUUUGCGGUUUGGCCCAAUUCCUUUAAUCCCUCCCCUACCCUUAUCCGUUUGUGUCUGAGCUCCAGUGCUUGCGGAUUCUUCAACAGAAAUUAUGGAAUUUCGAACCCCAGUUUUGGUUUCUUCCGGAGGAGAUCAUGUUGCGCUUCAAUCAAGGCCGCUGGGACCGAUUAUUACUCCACUUUGAGAGUAGGUCGCAAUGCCUCUUUGCAGGAAAUCAAGAGCGCUUACAGAAAGCUCGCUCGUAAGUACCAUCCAGAUCUUAAUAAGGGUCCUGGGGCAGAAGAGAAGUUUAAAGAGAUAAGUGCUGCAUAUGAGGUCCUAUCAGAUGAUGAGAAACGAUCUUUAUAUGAUCGCUUUGGUGAGGCAGGUUUACAGGCAGAAAAUGGUGGUUCAAGCGGUGGUUCACAGGGGGUGGAUCCAUCUGAAGUAUUUAGUGCGUUCUUCGGUGGGUCGGAUGGGCUUUUUGGAGGAAUGGAUGAUCUGGGAGGCAUCAAUUUUAACCUGAGAAACAAGCAAAACCAGGCUCUUGAUAUUCGGCAUGACCUUUAUAUGAGCUUUGAGGAAUCAAUUUUCGGUGGGCGGCGUGAAAUAGAAGUUCCUUGUUCUGAGACGUGUGAUAAGUGUGAUGGGACAGGAGCAAAAUCUAAUAGUUCCAUUCAAUCAUGUUCUCAGUGUGGAGGUAGAGGAGGGGUAAUGAAAAGUCAGGAAACGCCAUUUGGAAUAAUGUCGCAGGUAUCGACUUGCUUCAAGUGUGGUGGUGAUGGAAAGAUAAUCACUGAUCACUGCCGAAGGUGUGGUGGCAGUGGUCAAGUGCGGUCAAAGAGAAACAUGAAAGUGGUCAUCCCACCUGGCGUUAGUGAUGGAGCAACAAUGAAAAUUCCAGGUGAAGGGAAUGCCAAUAAGAACAGGGGUGUAGUUGGUGAUCUCUAUUUGGUCCUCCAUGUAGAUGAAAAGCGUGGAAUUUGGAGGGAAGGUUUACAGCUUUACUCAAAAAUUAAUAUUGACUAUACUGAGGCAAUACUAGGGACUGUAGUUAAGGUAGAAACUGUUGAGGGUUUGAAAGAUCUUCAAAUUCCCUCCGGGAUUCAGCCUGGAGAUACAGUUAAAAUUUCACGCAUGGGGGUUCCAAACAUCAAUAAACCUUCUCUGAGAGGUGAUCAUCACUUCAUUGUCAAUGUUCUGAUCCCAAAAGCUGUCAGUGAUACAGAACGCCAAAUUGUUGAGAGAUUGUCCUUACUUAGGGCAUCAAGCAGACUCCAUUCUGAUUUUGCCAAUACAACCGAAGUACUGCAAGGUGACUCUGAUAAACAUAAAAGUAGAAACCAAGAAACCCAUUCUUCAAGCCCACAGAUCAAACGCGUGGCAUCUUUAUGGAACUCCAUUAAGGAUUUCUUGGGGCGGCGAAGUUCUCAAGAAGGGUUUGCAUCAGUUAGCUUGGAGCCAUCUGUUUCAUUGUGGAGGUGUAGCAAGCCAAACUCCUCAUUUGUAGUUUCAAUUUAUGUAAUUUUUGUUUUAACUUGUAUAUUGUCCUUGAUUGGAAAGACCGAGGACUGCACAUCGAUACAGAGAAGAAUUAAUUCCGCCAGUAUCCACAGAAAAAGAAAGGAAAUUGAAUCAAAGAAUUUUUUUAGGUAAACCAUUUGAGGGUAUAUCCACA